GGGCCCGACGCUAGGGGCGGUGGGAGCGGCGGGGAGGAGCGAGUGGAACGCUGGGGCGGUGACGUGUCCCGCACGCCCCGCCCCCGCGCAGGAUAUAUAAGCGCAGCGGCUCACGUUGUCGGUCUUUUUCGCAACGGGUUUGCCGACGCCUUGCAGGUGUUGAUUUUGUACCGAAAGAGCCGGACGCCGCGAGCCACCCAUCAUGGGCAAGGAGAAAACCCACAUCAACAUCGUCGUCAUCGGCCAUGUCGACUCCGGCAAGUCCACCACCACCGGGCACCUCAUCUACAAGUGCGGGGGCAUCGACAAGAGGACCAUCGAGAAGUUCGAGAAGGAAGCUGCGGAGAUGGGCAAAGGUUCCUUCAAAUAUGCCUGGGUUUUGGACAAGCUGAAGGCUGAGCGUGAGCGUGGUAUCACAAUUGAUAUUUCUUUGUGGAAAUUUGAAACAAGCAAGUACUAUGUCACCAUCAUUGAUGCUCCUGGACACAGAGAUUUCAUCAAAAACAUGAUUACUGGCACCUCCCAAGCUGACUGUGCUGUCCUUAUUGUUGCUGCUGGUGUUGGUGAGUUUGAAGCUGGUAUCUCCAAGAAUGGGCAGACUCGUGAACAUGCCCUUCUGGCCUACACACUGGGUGUAAAACAGCUGAUUGUUGGUGUGAACAAGAUGGAUUCCACUGAGCCACCGUACAGCCAGAAGAGAUACGAAGAAAUUGUCAAAGAAGUCAGCACUUACAUUAAGAAAAUUGGCUACAAUCCAGACACUGUAGCUUUUGUACCAAUUUCUGGUUGGAACGGAGACAAUAUGUUGGAGCCUAGCUCUAAUAUGCCCUGGUUUAAGGGAUGGAAGGUUACCCGUAAGGAUGGCAAUGCCAGUGGAACUACCCUGCUAGAAGCUUUGGAUAGUAUACUGCCACCAACUCGUCCAACUGACAAGCCGCUGCGUUUGCCUCUGCAAGAUGUCUACAAAAUUGGUGGUAUUGGUACUGUUCCAGUUGGUCGUGUGGAAACUGGCAUCCUGAAGCCAGGCAUGGUGGUAACAUUUGCCCCUGUCAAUGUAACAACUGAAGUAAAAUCUGUUGAGAUGCAUCAUGAGGCUUUGAGUGAAGCUCUGCCUGGUGACAAUGUUGGCUUCAAUGUCAAGAACGUGUCUGUGAAAGAUGUUCGCCGUGGUAAUGUUGCUGGUGACAGCAAGAAUGACCCCCCAAUGGAAGCUGCUGGCUUCACUGCCCAGGUCAUCAUCCUGAACCACCCAGGCCAAAUUAGUGCUGGUUAUGCCCCUGUGCUGGAUUGCCACACUGCUCACAUUGCUUGCAAAUUUGCUGAACUGAAAGAGAAAAUUGAUCGUCGUUCUGGUAAGAAAUUGGAAGAUGGUCCUAAAUUCCUGAAAUCUGGAGAUGCUGCCAUCGUUGACAUGGUCCCAGGCAAACCCAUGUGUGUUGAGAGCUUCUCGGACUACCCUCCUCUGGGUCGUUUUGCUGUGCGUGACAUGAGACAGACUGUUGCUGUUGGUGUCAUCAAGGCAGUUGAUAAGAAAGCUGCUGGAGCUGGCAAGGUCACAAAGUCCGCCCAGAAGGCUCAGAAGGCUAAAUGAAAAUUCUGUACAUCAGCUGCCACCUCAGUCUUAAUCGGUGGAAGAACGGUCUCAGAACUGUUUGUCUCAAUUGGCCAUUUAAGUUUAAUAGUAAAAGACUGGUUAAUGAUUACAAUGCAUCGUAAAAGCUUCAGAAGGAAAGGAAUGUUUGUGGACCAUUUGUUUCGUGGCAGUUUAAGUUAUUAGUUUUUAAACCAGUAAAUUUUUUAAUGGAAACAACUUGACCAAAAAUCUGUCACAAAAUUUGAGACCAUUAAAAACAAAGUUUAAUGCUAA